CGUGCUGCUAGGAUGUGCAGCACCAGCCCCAGAAGCACAGGAGCCGCUCCAGCUUCCCCAUGGCCGGGACGGAUGAGAGUGUGACAUAUGCCCAGCUGAAGUUCCCCAAGCCCCCCCCAGGACAGAGCGUGACACCCCAGGCACAGGGGCCAGACCUGGGAGAGGCUGACGGCACCUAUGAGACGCUCCAGCCAAGUCCAGUGGGCCAGGGAGUGGCCAGACAUGGGGUCCAGCAGUGCAGAGAGCCCCGGUGCAGCACGCAGCCCCUGCCCCUGGUCCUGCUGGCAGCCUGCCUUGUCCUACUGGCCACCACCAUCGCCCUGGGGGUUUUCUGCUGGCAGCAGGGGCAGCAGCUGGGGAAGGCAGAUGCAGCAUUGAUGAGGAUCCAGAAGCAACAGAAGCAGGCCCAAGCAGGGCAGGAGGGGAACCACAGCCAGGCAGAGCUGCAUGAGACCAGGGCGGAGCUGGCGCAGGUGAAGAAGUAUGCCCAGGACCUUGAGCACAAGCUGAAUGCAUCUUCGAGAGCCCUGGCACAGAUCUGCCAGGUCACAGACUGCUGCUUGGAGCCCUGGGUGCUGUACUGCGGGAAGUGUCUGCUCCUCUCCAAUGAGAAGAAAACCUGGACAGAAAGCCGAGAGGCGUGUACAGGUCAAUUCUCCCGGCUCCUCAUCUCCCGGGACUGGAACUGCACAACCACGCAGAGAUUCCCUGGCAGCAUAUAUGCCAUGUACUGGAUCGGGCUCGAGUACAACAGGUACACUGAUAGAUGGACUUGGAUCGACGGGACUCCAUACCUAGGAGGUGAGAAACUUCAAGGUUAUGGUUCUUAUGGAGCAAUUAAAGGGGGCAACAUAGAGAAAUCCGGCUGGUCCAGUGAAAAACUCGGUUGGGUGUGUGAGAAGGCAGCCACUUACACCCAGAAAGCUGCAGAGACCGACCGCAGGGUAUGAGGACAGGAGGCUCUCUCCCACUGCUCCAGCAUGGCCGCACCUGGCGUGCUUCCCUCCACGCUCCCAGCACGCAGCACUGCCCGCUCUCCUGGACCUGUCCCAGACAAGCUGCCCUUACCCAGCCACCUCCUGCCUUCAGCACCUUCAUCCUGUCCAUCCCACUGCCCAGACCCACAUGGGCUUCUUCAUUCAGCUGCAGCACACUGCAAACUCCUCUUGAGUCUGGCACUUCCUGAGAUGCCCAGGUCCUUCUCUGUAGCGCUGCCCCCAGCCGUGUCACCCACUCUGUGCCUGUGCCCAUGAUCCUUCCUCCCAAGAGCAGUGAUGUGCAUGUGUCCGCUCUGACCUGCAUCCCGUCAGCUUCAGCCUGGCUUUCCAGUCUUUUUGAGGUCUGUCUGCAUUGCACUUGUGUCCUCCAGCAUGUUCGCAGCCCUUCCCAACAUCAUGUCGUCCAUAACUUGCUCCAGAAACUUUCUGUGCCGGCAUGCAGACCGUGAAUGGACACGCUGAGCAGCCCCAGGCUCAGGACAGACCCCUGUGGGGCUGCACUUGAAGCCACCAGCUAUCCUGACAUGGACCCGGUCAAAACUACCGAUCCCUUUGCUGGAGGUGAUGGAGCCAGUUGUCUGCCUACCGUAUAGGAGUUUCAUGCAGCCCACAAUUCUCCCCUUGGUUUAUGAGGAGGUUGUGCAUGAGCUUGUACAAAGGCUUGCUGAAUUGCACACACACGACACCCACACACGACACCCACAGCAGGACCUUCAUCCACCCCCACAGUUACUCUGUUGUAGCAGGAGAUCAAGCUUGUUGGACAUGAUUUGUUGGUUGAGACCAGCCUUUCCUCUUCCACAUGUUUGCAUAUGGUCUUCCUUAGUGUCUGCCCCCUACCCCUACCCCAGGUAACUUCCUGGGGAUCGAGUGGAGGGUGAUUGUUACCUUUUUUGUUGGAUUUGUGGUUAGGAGAGAGACUGAUUGAUCAGUGAGGCUGCUGUAGUCUUAACUUGAUAGCUGCAUUAGCAUAAAGAUUUACUGGUACUAAUGAAGAUAAUGCUUAUGCAGCCUUGGGGUUGGAAAGAGCAGGUGUGCUACCCAGGUCUCUGCUUCUUUGGGGACUCCCACUGAACUGUUUGGUGGGUUUUUUGCUAAGGUAUAGGAAACAUUCAGUUUGCUGCCCCAGGCCCAAUAUUUAUGAAUGGUUGAGUUGACAUGUUAAUUAUUAAUCUGUCAUUGGCUUAUUUAAAAGUCUUUGUUUCACUGGGACCUUUUGAACAGGCUGGAACCAGAUUGGAGUGGUCCUGGGAAAGGGGUCAGGGGAUCAACUUAGGUAAGGCUCUUUGUUUGUAGGUGUCUGACCCCAGUCUGUUAAUCAUCUGGUAAUCCUUACUGUAAUCAAGAUAAUGUUCAUCAAUUGUAAAGUAUAUUUAUGAGAUAGCAGAAGGACAGAUUUCCCAUCUCCUUUAUGGCUUGCCUUUUGACCCUUGCUCUGUUAUCUACUAACUGUGGCCUGACAAGGUGGCUUCACUCUUUCCAUCCUCAAGGCUGCCUUUGUGUCUAGGAUCAUUUGCACAUGUUAGCAAAAAUACACCCCAUAUCGCACAAUAACUAUUAAUGCAUUUGCUCACCUGA